AUGAAACGAAUGGCCUCUAAGUUGUCAAUGAAAAUCGUGCUCAAAAUGAUUAUCUAUCGAGAAAAUGGGCUAAUCUUUGUUAUUAACAACUUUGCCAACAUGACGGCACUGAACCUCAAGGACAUGGAGGAGAAAGAGAAGAUAAUCUUCAUUAUAAAAGUGAAUGGUUGCGGCGAUCGAUUGGAAAUUAUUUACUUUUGUUUCUCUGUCUUGUAUUGUAUUCACGACAAGAAGCCGGAGCUGAUGAUCAACAAAGCCAUGACAGCUCAAGAACUUCAGUUUCGAAAGGAGUGUCGCGUAUAA